GCACAACAUGGAAAGUCUCCCUACUUUCUUCAGGAUCGUGCCGGUGAGUUCACUCUCGCCUGUUUGUCAUUGACCUGUGUCGCCACCAGUUCUCGCGUAGCGGUAUCCUGCAGCUCGGCGUUGUGGUCGUGUCAACAGCAGAUCCGGCCGCUUCUGUCACGGACCAGUAAGUACAAACGCGGUUCGGGCCAAGAGAAACGUAUAUAUCCCAUUUCCGGGACACCCGUCUCACUGGCCAUCAUAGCUCCAAGUUUGACCUCCAGCAGGUCUACCGCUUGUCUUCUCCCCAGCCAUCGGGCCCGCCGUCAUUGCCAUUCGAUUUUCAACAAGGCCACCAUACAAACAGUUGCUCCGCAAGAGCAACGGCCAACAACAUGUUCUGGAAAAUCAAGACCUGCCUCGCAGGGGCGUUGCUCUUGCCUGCCAUUGGAGCUACCGAGCUGCGCAACAUCAUGUACCUUACAAACCAGCACGAAAUCUUUCCCGGCGACACACAGACCGCACCUGUCACCCAUGUCGCCAUGAGCUUUAUGCGGCCGCACGUGUUCAACCGCCCCGAAGGCUCGCAUGACUGGCCGGCCAUGUGGCAGACGGUCGAAGCCACCCGGGCCCAGUUCCGCGACGGCGUCAAGGUGCUCAUUGCCAUUGGCGGCUGGGGCGACACGGAGGGAUUCAGUGAUGCUGCUCGGACAGCGGAGGGCCAAAAGCGCUGGGCGGCGAAUGUCGCUGCCAUGGUGAAGGAUACUGGUGCUGACGGUGUUGAUAUCGACUGGGAGUACCCUGGUGGCAACGGGGAAGAUUACAAGACUGUUCCCAACGAGGAGAAGGCCUGGGAAAUAGAGGCAUACCCCAAGUUCCUCGGCGAGAUCCGCACCGCGCUGGGAGCCAACAAGAUCAUCUCGGCGGCAGUGCCAGGAAAAGUCGGCGACAUGCUCGCUUUCACGGCCGACACGCUGCCCACCAUCAUGCAGCACGUCGACUUUCUCAACGUCAUGACAUACGACAUGAUGAACCGCCGCGACAACGUGACCAAGCAUCACACAGGUGUCAAGCUCAGCAUCGAGGCUUUAGAUGCAUACAUUGACCGCGGAGCGAGAGCCAAGGACCUGAAUCUGGGUUUCGCGUUCUACGUAAAGUGGUUCAAGACCCAGCACGAGCCAUGUCUGGCCAACCCGAUUGGCUGCCCGACAGUCCUCAUGGAAGACCCCGAGACCGGCGCAGACCUGGGCCAGGCGGGCGCGUUCGCGUGGGCUGAUCAGACGCCGGACUGGCUGAGUGCGUCGUGGCAGGCGGCCCUUACCUGGGGGAAGUACGAUCCCGACGAUGGGAGCUAUUACCACUGGGACGAGAAUCUGGAUGUCUGGUGGACGUUUGACACUGCACGGGCAGUGAGGAACAAGUUUCAAAGCAUUGUUCGAUCGAAAGGGGUGGGUGGUGUCUUUGCGUGGGAGCUUGGUAGCGAUGGGCCUCAGUUCAGCCGGUGGCAAGCUCUCAACAAGGGCGUUGACUUUGCGAAUCGUCACCACUCUCAAAAACAUGAGCUCUAGACAUGAAUCGGAGGCAUUGUAGGGGCCUCGGCGGCAGUGAAAACUGGUGGGGAGCGCAGCUUGUGGUCAAAGUUGGUUACAUUACAAGACAGUCUGUUCAAAAA